AUGAAGAUGAUGAUGGUGAUGUUGUUUGGGAGGAAGAUAUGGAUGAUUUGGAGAGAACGAGCGAAGAAGACAAUGAUGAUUCUGAUGAUGAGGACUAUGCUGUCAUGAAAACCAUGUACAGAAAAGAGAAAUGUAAGCCCAAAAAUCAUGAUGUUAAUGGUAGGGACUUCAGUAGUUUAGAAGGUAACAAGCAAUCACCAGCAACUACUUUUGAUCAUCAUGAUUGUGAUGAUAAUGAUCGUAUUUGGGAACAUGAUUUGAAUGAUUUGGUCACAAGCAGCAAAGAAGAGAAUGGUGUUUCCCACAAUAAUUUUUCUUCUGUCCGGAAAACCGUGUCUAAAAAGAGGAAACAUAUGCACAAAAGUCAUGAUAUUGUUAAGGUGGUGGUAAACUCCAUGUUGGAGGAGGAGGAAAUGCUAUUCGAAGAGACUGUUGCUUCGGGUGAUGUCCUGAAGGAACAAGGAAACCAUCCAGAAACUGAGCCAACCCUUCCAUUGACGUUUACUUUUCAAAUUGAUGAGUCAAGUAUGUCAAAGAAUUCAGAUUCCGACAAUGAGUUGCAUAAUCUUUGGGUAGAGAUGAACUUUGCUCAACGAUCCUUUGAGAUUGAUUCCCAUGCUUGUAAUAUGGUUGAAAAUGAAUAUGCGGUCUGUUCAGAGGUUGAUCUUGAUAUUGCUACGCUUUGCAGUAAGGGGAGUCAUCAUCUUAUUCUUGAUGAAGAGAUUGGAGUCAAAUGCAAGUAUUGCUGUUUCAUUCAACAGGAAAUCAAGUACAUUGUGCCCCCUUUUGACACAUAUUCUUGGAAAAAACAAGACAAAAGGGAUGGUGGCACAGAUGGGAACUCUAUUUUUGGUGAUCUUGGCCGCCAAGAUUCUUUCUGCAACUUCCAGUCUGGCAUUGAUCCCUACACCAUCAAGCAAGGUACAGUGUGGGACAUGAUUCCUGGCGUGAAAGAUAGUAUGUAUCCACAUCAAAGGGAAGGUUUUGAAUUUAUAUGGAAGAAUAUAGCCGGAGGAAUCAUUCUUGACAAGAUGAAAGUCCCACCUCAAUUUGAUGGUGGAAAUGGAUGCAUUAUAUCACAUGCUCCUGGCACUGGGAAAACUCGACUAACGAUAGUUUUUCUACAAUCAUACAUGAUGUUGUAUCCAAGAUGCAGACCAGUCAUUGUUGCCCCUCGUAGUAUGCUCCUUACAUGGGAAGAGGAGUUCAUAAAGUGGAGGGUUGGCAUUCCUUUUCACAAUCUAAACAAAUCUGAGUUUUCAGGAGCGGAAAAUCAGAAGGUUAUUAAUUACCUCAGCCAAGCUAGAAAGGGGGUAAGAAGUAUAAAUGCUAUCCGCAUGGUGAAAUUAUAUUCUUGGAAGAAGGAUGGAGGUGUCCUUGGUGUCAGCUACAGACUUUUUGAAGAACUUGCUGGGGAAGAAGAGAGAGUAAAAGGAAAGGCAAAGAAAGUUAAAGCUCGCCGGAAGGCUAAAGAUGAGAAGGUUAGAAAAGUUCUUCUUGAGCUUCCUGGUCUUUUUAUCCUGGAUGAAGGGCACACACCACGAAAUGACCAAACUUAUAUGUGGAAGGCUUUAUCAAAUAUAAAGACGCAGAAGCGAAUCAUCCUUUCAGGAACUCCUUUUCAAAAUAAUUUUGAUGAGCUGUUUAAUACACUGUGCUUAGUGCUGCCGAAAUUUGGAGACACAAUCUCUCCUGGAGAUGACAAGGAUCAUAAAAGGCAUGCUCGCAAAAGAAGUGAAGCUAAAGGGAAAUGGACCUCUCUAACUAGUUCCAUGGGAAAAUUUUUGGAUGUUAAAGCUGACAAUCUGAAAGUGAUCAGAGAUGUAAUUGCACCAUUUGUGCAUGUACAUAAAGGUAAAAUACUUAAAGACAGUCUUCCUGGAUUGAGGCACUCUGUGGUUGUCCUACGCCCAGUUGAUUUGCAGAAAAGUCUCCUUGAUGGUCUCCAAGGUACAAGAAAUACAAUUUUGCUGGAUUUUCGUGUUUCUUUGGUUUCUGUUCAUCCGUCUCUGUUGAUUGAUUGUCAUCCUGAAAUGGAUCAUGGAUAUAUUGAUUGGAAGAAGUUAGAAAAAUGUAGAAUGAUUCCUAAUGCUGGAGUGAAAACUAAAUUUGUGAACGAACUCCUCCAUCUCAGUGAGGCCUUGGGCGAAAAAGUCUUAAUUUUUGCCCAAUAUCUUGAGCCAUUGACCUUGAUAAUGGACCAGCUAAGGGAUAGAAAGAAAUGGACUCAAGGAAAAGAAGUUCUCUAUAUGGAUGGUAAGUAUGACAUAAUGCACCGCCAGACUUUAAUCAGCACGUUUAACAAUUCAAAUGAGGUAAAGGUAUUGCUUGCCUCAACAAGAGCAUGUUCCGAGGGUAUUAAUCUAAGUGGAGCUUCAAGAGUUAUUUUAAUUGAUGUUGCAUGGAACCCUUCAGUAGAAAGACAAGCUAUAAGUCGGGCAUACAGGCUUGGGCAGAAAAAAGUUGUUCAUGUGUACCAUUUGAUCACAAGUGGGACGAUGGAAGAAGACAAAUUUCAGCGACAAUCUAAUAAACAUAGGAUGUCUGAGUUGGUGUUCGCUUCUAAUGAAACGGGUGGUGAGAUGCAGAAGAUUGCAUCAAAUUUUGAGGACAGAAUUUUGGAAGAAAUGAUGCAACAUAACAAGCUCAAGGACAUGUUUGAGAAGAUAUACCAGAAGAAUGAAUCUGAUUUAAUUGAUACUUUUGACUUGAUAGCUCAAUAAUUGAUUCUUUUUAGCAUAAUCAAUGACUGAUAAUCCUCUUGAGAUGUUUCGAUACUCGAGAAAUUUCGAAAUUGGUGGGCUAUUUUUUGCUGCAUUGUGUUUACAACAGUUGCAAAGAAGAUAGUUUUGUAUGCUAACACAGCAAAGUUCAUGCAAGAAGGAUAUAUACACUAAUACAUCGUAUUGAAUAGGGUUGAUUCAAUCUUUUUGUUUGUUUUUCAUAACAAGUAAUUUGUGUUGGUAGAGCUUAUGCC